CUUUACACUGCCUCUCUAUGCUUUGAUUGGGCACACUGUUACUGGAGCUGUCAGUGCACGGCAAGUUUUUUUCUCCUCUAGCUAAAUGCCUAGACUUGUAGUGACACUGCUUUGUCAGCUGGGUAGGUGAACAUCAAGAGAGAUAGAGCCGUAUCCAUGCACUAAUUAGUUGGAAAAUGAUAAUCUUUAUGAAACAAAUGGAUUACCCUCUCGGAACCCAAUGUCAGCGCGUCCAGAACCAGGUGAUGAAGGUGAACGCUGAGAAGGAGCGGGUGUCGCUGCGGUGUAUGAAGGCUCUGGCCAGCAGGGGGUGUGUGGACACCGUGUCCCAGCAGAUGGCCUCUCACCCCCAGUACCUGGAGAGCUUCCUCCGCACCCAGCACUACAUCCUCCACAUGGACGGCCCCCUGCCCCUGCAGUACCGCCACUAUAUCGCCAUCAUGGCUGCAGCGCAGCAUCACUGUGGCUACCUGGUGUCUCUGCACUCGGCCCAGUUCCUCAGGGUGGGGGGGGACCCGCUGUGGCUACAGGGGCUGAAGGCCGUCCCCCCUCGCCUACAACACCUUGACCAACUCAACAAGGUUCUGGCCCACCAACCCUGGCUCACCGCCCGCUCACACAUACAGGCGUUGCUGAAGACAGGGGAGCAGUGCUGGUCUCUGGCUGAGCUGGUUCAGGCUGUGGUGCUCCUGGCCCACUGCCACUCCCUCUCUAGCUUUGUGUUUGGCUCGGGCACCGACGCCGACCCCGUCCCCCUCCCCAGAGCCCCCAACGGCACCCCCCCGGGCUACUGCCUCUGUGACGCUGCCAACGGCAAUGUCAGUGCGCCUCCGCCUCUCACCACACCCUCAGAACACACCACACGACGACGGUCUCUGGACUCCAGUUGUGAGAUGGUGUGUCUGAAAGAGAGGAUCCAGAAGUCCCAGGAGGAGAAAGAGAGGAGGGGGGAGUGUGUCCUACACACCCAGACACUCCAGCACACAGAUGGGAAAGAUGAGGAGGAGAUUAUCUACUCAGCAGACCCCUCUCGUUUCAUAACAGACCCCGAGUUCGGCUACCAGGAGUUUGCCCGGAAAGAGGAAGACCACUUCCAAGUAUUCCGGGUGCAGGACUACUCCUGGGAGGACCACGGCUUCUCCCUGGUCAACCGGCUGUACUCAGACAUCGGGCACCUGCUGGACGACCGUUUCCGCAGCGUCACCGCCCUCCCCUCGUCCCACGGGCCUGACCUGAAGAGAGCCAUCUGGAACUACAUCCACUGCAUGUUGGGAAUUAGGUACGACGAUUAUGACUAUGGGGAGGUAAACCAGUUGCUGGAGAGGGAGCUGAAGCUUUAUAUCAAGUCUGUAGCCUGCUACCCUGACGCCACCAAGACCCCGCUGUGUCCUCUGCCCUGGGCACCACUCAAACCUUCUGAGAGGAUCCAUGUGAACUUGCUGAUAAUGGAGGCUCGGUUACAGGCUGAGCUUCUGUAUGCUCUGAGAGCCAUCACCCAGUACAUGAUAGCUUAGGUCAGUUGGUGGGAGGGAGAGGCACAAAAUGAAUGGCCAACGGCGCAGAAAGACCAAGCUAGAAGGCCGCAGGGUGGGAACCCCCUUACAGCAAGCAGGGAUAUGGGGAAGAGGCUGGUAAUUAUGAGCAAGAAGAACAGUGCGACUAUCUGUCCUAUUUCUCAGUUAAAAACGGGAGAAAAAAUAGUAUAAUGCAAUCAUUGAAGCUCUUUUUGUGGCAUGCGCACUGCAGUGGAAAGCUGUUUUCCAAAGUCAAAACACGCAAUGUAAUUCCUCUCUUCCCCUCGCUCUGCCUGCUCAUUUUCCACUCUGCAAGGGUGGUCUGUCCACUUUUAAUUUAAUGUAUUUUCCUCUUAUAAAAUGUCUCUGCUGUUGAUGGUUAAUGUGCAAUUAUAUUACUAUUAUUACAAUAGAUAUUAAUUAUUUUCAUUUGUAUUAAUGAAUUGUUUGUCUCAAUUCUGAUGACUGUGAUGAAAGCAGACGGUUGGUUCUGCAGUGUAGCAGAGAUGUACGUACCCAUGGCCAACACAAUACCCUAUUUCUUGGUUUGUGAUUAGUUUCGUCUUUUCAACUUUGCAUUUGUUCAAAACCAAUUUUUUUAUCCUUUCUUAUUGGAUUGAGCGAAUGUUUUGGAGAUAUUGCCAUAAUUUGUCUUGUUACAGUCCCUGUCAGUGUUGUUGUAGGUAGUUGGUGAUGGUGAUGGACAGUUGUUCAUCGUAGCUCUCUUAACGUUUUGCGUUAGUACUGAAAGGUCAAGAACAAAACCAAAACACUGCAAGACGAUAUCACACAACUAUAGUUUAUUUUAAAAGCACUUUAUAUAUUUAUUAAAUAAAACAAGGUAGCUCAGUGGUAGAGAUGGAGACCGAAGUUGUUCUGAGUCUUUCCUUUCCACUCUAUGGCGUCUGAUAGAAAGGAUCCUGAGGCUGCUUCUUGGGUCCCUCUGUAUUCAGAUCACCUGAUCUCCAUUCCUACAGUCACCCCGUUUACCCCAGAGUGUUCUUGUGUAGGUGGAGUAGUGCAGGGCUACACAGGGUCCUAACAGAGGUCAUGGCCCCAGAUCUGACCUGACCUGAAGGAGGUCACAACUCACUUCAGUAUCUUAGAUAAAUCUGAAAUCGCUACGACAAUUUAAAAACACAUUUUAACUUUAAUACACACAGGGGUGGCCAAAGUCAUGUUUUGUAGAGUGACGCACAGCCAUAUAACUGUCUGUUUUUAUAUUGAUGUGCUCUGGCAUAGAUCAAAUGAAGGAAUUUCCAUUUCUAGGAAACCUCAACGUCCCUAAAACUGCAUUGAAGGUCAGCAGCACUCUGAACUGGAAUUUUGCAACAUAAAAGUCCCCAAAAGUGACCUGCACUGGGUUUGAAUUGCUGUUAAGCAUAUUCUAUCUACUAUGCUACAAAAGAUGUAGACUAAGGAUCAUAAGUCAUCGGUGCUCUGUGUAUGAUCUUGUGCAUGUGAAAAGUAGGUCUGUCUUUCAAUUAUUUAUUUGGUGAGCUUUAUGACCUAAAAUAAAGAUGCUGAUGCAUGGUACAAUUUGCAGAGCAGAAGAACGUGGGUACUGCAAACUAUAUUUUUAUUUUUAUUUUAUUUUAUUAUAUCCUUCAUUUUUUGUUUUUUCUUUCUCGCUCUUGUUUUUAGUUUAUUUUUUACACUUUUUGUAAACUUUGCAUUACAGUACUAUGAUUGUUGAGCCCUUUGUUAAGUUGCUGGGUUCGCUGCUAUAUCCUGCCGGAUGUGCUGCACCCUGAAUAUUUCAGCGGCAGUGAGGUUGAUGACCCUGUUAAUGUGCUCGACCGUUUGAAACGACAGGAGAGAGAGAAAUGAAGAAAAAAGAAAGUGCAUAUCAAUAGAAGCAAAAGAAGCGCUUUUUAACGGAGGUGCCUUUAGGCCAAACUGGACUGGUGCUUGAGUGGACAGGCUAGUUUUCUCUGGGCUGAGUGUAGGCCUCGUUAGAGCAGACUGCCCCUUUGGAUCCUCAGGAACAGUGUUCUGUGGCCCAUAUAGAACGCCCAGUGCCAUCACCACUGGACACAUGGACACGGUUACUCUACUUAGAGUACUACAGUCCUCAUUGGCUCCUUCUCAACACCUCUAUGACAUCGUUAUGGCUCCAAAUGCAGGAGCGAAAGCGUUUGUGUUCCUGUCUGAAGCUUCUGACCACCUGGCCAAGGAACGAAACGAUAGAGCCACUGACACAAAGUUGGAUGUUACAGUUGUUCAAUAUUUACCACGUAAAUGAAUGGACAAUAAAAAAAAUAUUUAAAAAAUGUAAAACGUAAGUGAAAAAAGCAAAAAAUAUGUUUUUGGGGAAAUGUGAAGACUUAAUUUUUCUAUAAAGAUGUUCUAUCAA